UCCGAUUUCCUGUCGUUUAUACGGGCAAAUCAUACCUGUGAGCCUAGCUUGUGGAAGAAGGACAAGGAGGAAUGCUUGAUGCAUAGGUAGCCAUGGGCAUAAGAGACGCCUUCGAGAUGAUGAUCAAACUGGGCUGGGCCUAGGUAACCCUGCCAUUUGAAAUUUUGGCAAAAACAAAUGAAAAAAUCUUAGCCGUAUUUUAUUUUACUUCGUAGCGGCAAGUGAUGAUUGAGCAAGACACGGAAUCAAACGCGAACACGGAAUCACUUCAAAGCGGACAUAGUAGUCAAAUGCGCUCUUUGUCCGAUUACAGAGUACAAGGUUGGGACCAUGGAGCCAAACAAAAAAAAGUGACGACGGGGCUGGAACGCCUCGAACCGAGUCAGGAGCCGAGUCGAAAAGUCUCAGAAAUCCUGUUGUUACGCUGGUUACGUUGGGGGUCCGGGAGUCUCGGAAUUUUGUUAUUGGGGCCACAGUGUUUGCAGUCGCAAUCGGGAAGCCCUAAUUAUAAUGCCCGCAGAAGUCUUGUCCCCCGCCACCUUCACCUUCGCAUGGGAUCGAGAUGGCAUGUCAGUAAAGCCAGGUUCGGAUUCGCUCGCUCGCUCGCAGUGGGAAGCCCUGAGCCACGAGAAUUCAGUGCCAAAAAAGUUAGCAAUACUGAUAAUAAUAAUAUACAUAAUAUACAUAAUAUACACCAAGAUUCUGUCCGCUCAGAGGCAUAUCAAGUGUCAGAUCCAUUCAGCCCGACCAAGUCGCCACCAUGCGUAUAAAUAAUCGACCCUAUAAUACACCCCUCCCACCAAACGCCGUCCGUCGCCUUUCUCAGUAAUAAUUGAUAAUACCAGUAACGUCUCUAAUGUUCCCAAACGCCAGCCAGUGUCAAUGCUCCUCUUAUCGCUCAUGAAUUUCUCAAGAUUCUGUCGGGCAAGAGGGUAAAGAGGAGGGAAAAGGGGAAGAAAAGGAAGAAAAGGACCGGA